GACCAACCUCUCCAUUACAAAAACAUGUAAACCAGGUCAAUGGUGCUGUUCUCCUGUUGUGUUUCUCUUAGGCAACUCCACAUAAUAAUAAACAAAGAAGACUUAUUGACUCUCUUUCUCUCUCACACACACAGCCAAAUAUAUAAAGAAACGUUUCUUGCAAGAUUCUGAGUUAAGGGAGAGACAAUAUAUAGUAACUUAUGCAGGUUGUGGGAAGGAGGAUCCCAUCAGGAGAAGGCGUUGAGAUGUCUGGAAGAUCCGAGACAAACAGGCUCAGGAGGAGGAGUCAUGGCUCAGCUCUGAAGGUUCGAGUAGCUUGCACGUGCUCCGGACGGCCUGGUUCCACCAAGUGUGCACGACACGGGUUCAUGGUGCCAACCGAUGAGAGGCUUAUGAGGAAGGCCAGUGACGGAAGCAGAGAGGUCUUACGGAGAGCUUUGACGCCUCCGAUCCGGCGCAUGAAUCUCCGGUGGUUGAACUUCCGACCAACACCAAGCCGGCUCUGUAAUAUGUCUUCUGUUUGAUCAUAAAAUUGAGAUUCAAAACUUAAGGCUGAGAACUUUUUUUUGUUUGAAUGUAAAUAAACUCAAACGCUUUUCUUU